AUGUUCAUGUUUGUGAUCAGCUUCGCCGCGUUAGUGUGCGCCACCGCUGCGCGGCCUUCUCUCAACUAUCUGGAGAAUCACUUCACCGCCGAGAGCGAGUCGGAGGAAGUCCGUUCAGCUGCCAUCAAGAGACUUUUGGAAGUUUUUGGAAUGGAGGACCCCCCUGUUAUCCACGCACACAAGCAGCCACCGCAGUACAUGCUUGAUCUGUACAACACGGUGGCUGAUGUGGACGGUGUGACCAAGGACCCGUAUCUCCUGGAGGGGAAUACUGUGCGCUCUUUCUUUGACAAAUUGCGCAGUGAACAGGUGGAGUACAGGUUCAAUUUGUCCACGGUUGCCAGAACUGAGAAGAUUCUCACUGCGGAGCUCCAUCUUUUCAAGCUGCGACCUCAGGCAACACAGACAUUCCACAGGCAUCAUUUAUGCCAGGUUAGUGUUUAUCAGCUGCUUGACACUAGCAGGAACAACAACACUCAGCAGAAGAAGCUGCUGUCUUCCCGGCUCAUCCCGGUCCAUUCGUCGGGAUGGGAGGUGUUCACCAUCACACAAGCAGUCCGCUCCUGGAUGAUAGAUGAAGGCAGUAACCAGGGGCUCCAGGUGGUGGUUCAGACCCUGGGAGGAAGCCAGGUGGAUAUGAAGAUGAUCCGUUUUGCUUCAGGCCGCAACCACCACCAGAGCAAACAGCCCAUGUUGGUCCUCUUCACCGACGACGGCCGCCGCUCCACUACCCUUGAAAGCACAGACCCCAACGACACCACAGCCAUUUCCAGCCUGCCCCAGGCCCCCAUGUCAGGUCCAUCCUCCCGCAGCGCUCGCUCUCUGGACUACAGCGAGGAGGAAGGUGUGUCUUCGUCCUGCCAGCGUCUGCCCCUCUAUGUCGACUUCGAGGAGAUCGGCUGGUCGGGCUGGAUCGUGUCUCCCCGGGGCUACAACGCAUACCACUGCAGAGGCUCCUGCCCCUUCCCCCUGGGCCAGAACAUGCGGCCGACCAACCACGCCACCGUCCAGUCCAUCAUCAACGCGCUGAAGCUGAUGAAAGGGAUCGAGACGCCGUGCUGCGUGCCGGAUAAGCUCUUCUCCAUCAACUUGCUCUACUUUGAUGACGAUGAGAAUGUGGUGCUGAAACAGUAUAACGACAUGGUGGCUGGAAGCUGUGGCUGCCAUUGA